AUGAGUUUAGAACAGUUUAGAAAUGUGAGUGAAAGAGGGGAGAGAUUGCAGAGGAUAAAUAUAGAAAAAGAGAUGGAAGAAAUAAGGCACGGUAGACAAUAUAUCCAGGAGAGGAAUCGUACUCGCCUGAAUGAAUCGGUCCAUGCAUGUGAGUCCCCAUUACGAACACAGGAGCGAAUUACGAGUAGAUCCAGACAACAACGUGUUUCGUCUCAUAUUCCAUUACACGAGGGAGAGAAUCUUGAAGAUUUAGACAGAUUUCUAGAAGAAGCACGUAUGGAAUUACGGGAAAGAAUCAAUAGCCUUGGAUCAAAUGUCGGUGACCUCGUUACAUUUGAUGAGUACGUUGGUGAUACCGAACAAACGCAAACCAAGCCGUUUGAACAUCAAAAGUCUGCACAACAACAGGAGACGGAAACAUACAGCAGAUACGGACGACAAGCACACAUUAUCCGUAACAGAGAAGAAAAUGAACGCACAGAAAGGGAGUUAGAGUUACGACGGCGGCUUCUGGAGCUAGAGGAUCGCGAAAGCAAACAUCGGGAAAGAGAAGAGCAUAUGUAUGAAUAUUGGAAACGUAAAGAGUUUGACUUACAGCAAAAGGAACGAGACAUUAAACAUAGUUUGGAGAGAAGAGAAGAGCGAUUAUUAUCUCAAGAAAUGAAGCUAAGAGAUAUGGAAAUCUCAUUAUCUGAGAGGAUACAGAAGCUAGAAUGCAAACUUGAGAUGCGAGAGAAUCGUACAUCGGACGGUUACUGGAAAAAUGAACGAAAUGAGACAGUGGGCAAGGCGUCUGUGCUUGAACAUAGCAGUAAAGAGAAGAUUGACCAACUUCAGCGUAAGAUCGAAACUCUUCAAAAAGAAAAGGCAGCAUUAGAACCAAGAUUACCAGAUGCUGACGUUUUGCGCUACGGCAAAACGCUAAUUCAAAAAGACGGCAUGACAGAUGCCACAGAAAUUAAAUUGAACAUCUCGUCAUUUUCAGGAGAGGUACCAGUACCAAGGAGCGAAUCUUCAUUCGAGGACUUCAAAUUAGAUGUAGACAGUGUGAAAGUUAUAUAUGCGGACCACGUUGUCAAACAAGGCCUUCGCAGAGCACUUAAAGGGCAAGCCAAGAAAAAGAUGCUUCAUAUGCGUGCUGAUGCAACGGUUGAUGAAAUCAUGACCGAACUUGAAGACAAUUUCGGAAAUGUCGCCAGUACCGACACAUUACUAUCCCGUUUCCUCAGUGCAGAACAGGAAAUUGGCGAGUCCGUUACACAGUGGGGUUUACGACUCGAAGAAAUGCUCCUUCAAGUAACUAGAAAGACCAAAAUUGAUGACGAAGAGAGGCGGUCCAUGCUAAAGAAAGGGUUUUGGAGAGGCCUCAAGAGCGAAGAAUUGAGAAAUGCCACCAGGGUUCACUUCGAAAGUAAUGUCCCAUAUGAGGAACUACGAAAUAAGGUACGCGAAGAGGAAUUCGAGGUAAAGCUACUUAAGGACAAGGAUACCAAACAUAAGAUAGGGAAAGUGAGUCAGCUUGCUGUUGAGACAGAUACGUGUCAAAGUAACGAAUUACUGCAACAGCUAAUGAAGAAAAUUGAGAGUCUCGAUCGAAAGUUGGAAGACUUGAAAAAGGAAGGACACACGGGUCGGCAGAGUGGCAAUGAUAGAGCUGCAAAUACCACAGGUGAAUACCGACAGAGAGGGUUUCAGAGAGGUGGAUACCGGAGACGCCCCAAUUAUUAUCAGAAUAACCGAAAUAAUGAUCAUACUACAAACCCCGAUAAAUUGAUGACGAAUCAACCAGCAUCAAAGGAACAUUUAAACUAA